UUUAGUUUCGGUCUGUAGACAGAGCUUCAGCGCGGUUGCUGUGAUCUGAUCUUUGGUGUUUAGUGGUUAGACAUGCGAAAGGACGCUCAAGUGUAGCGGAGGAAACUUCAUUUAACUUUAGUGAGCUUGAGAACUUGACCGAAACUUCCUGAAGAUCUGAAGAGAAGAAUGGAGCCGAUAAUAAAGUGGACAGCGACUCAGGUCACGGACUGGAUCAGAGGGCUGGACGACAGUCUCCAGCAGUAUGUUCCUAACUUCGAGAGAGAGAAGAUCAACGGAGAGCAGCUUCUGAAGAUUUCCCAUCAGGAUCUGGAGGAGCUGAUGGUGACCCGCGUCGGCCAUCAGGAGCUGAUUCUGGAGGCCGUGGAUCUCCUCUGUGCAUUGAACUGUGGCGUGGAAACUGAUAACUUGAAGACUCUGGUGGGUCAGAUGCGAGCGGCAUCCAACAACUUGCACAACUGUGCGUCAGAGCGCAGGAAGAACCCUUCUUAUGAUGGAGGAAGUCCUAACAAACCACCUAACGUGUUCCUCACGGCUGUGGUGGAGCUGAUAGGGGCUGCCAAGGGCAUGCUGGCUUGGCUUGACAGGACUCCCCUCACAGGAGUCAGUGACUUUACAUCAACCAAAAACAAGAUCAUUCAGCUCUGUCUGGAACUGACCACAACUGUCCAGAAGGACUGCACAGUGUUUGAAAUGGAGGAGAAGAUAUUAGAAGUGUCAAAAGUUUUGACCGGAAUUUGCGAUUCCACCAUGAGGAUGACCUCUGACCCCUUAAAGAGUCAAAUAACCUGUUUGGAGGAAGUCACCAUCACUAAUAUCAAAGCAGACGAGGGACUGGGAAUGUACAUCAAAUCCACUUACGAUGGGCUACACGUCAUCACCGGAACUACAGAAAACUCUCCAGCAGACCGAACUCAGAGGAUUCAUGCAGGCGAUGAGGUGAUUCAAGUCAACAGACAAACAGUGGUGGGCUGGCAGUUGAAGAAUCUGGUGGAAAAGCUCAGAGAAGAUCCUCAGAGUGUGACACUGAUGGUGAAGAAAAGACCAUCGGGUACUUGUGGCUUCACACCUGCACUGCUGAAGAACAUGCGCUGGAGACCCCCAGCCGUCCAGAGCCCAUUGCAUGUGCCCGCCGCCCAAUCAUCCAGAAAUCCUGUGCAAACCAAGCGUCCGGAGAAACCUGCCAUUCUAGAUCUCUAUAUUCCUCCUCCUCCUUCCAUGCCAUACAGCCCACGAGAUGCAGAGACGAGUGAACACACAGGUGUGAAGAUGAGACCAAAAGGUUCAGAGUCGCCCAACUCAUCUCUGGAUUUAGCCAGUCGACGGCGUUCAAACAUCAGCGAUUAUAACAGCAAAGUUAGCAUAAACCCACCUGAGGUCGGAGUCCCGCAAGCGCGAAUGAGACAGCGGACACCAUCCAGAGGGAAGCCGCGUCCCAUGUCCAUGCCGGUAGACACUUGCUUGGGCACGUCGGACUCCACCUCCAGACCCUGGGCUCUUGGAAGGAAAGGUGAUGAGGUCCUGCACAGAUACCUGAGUAACGAACAGAUCCCCACCAUCUCAGAAGAGUCGUCCUGUUACCCGCUGCCCUACCGUCCCACAGGAGAACGCCAGCUCGUCCGAGGGGUCGACCACAUCCGCGGCAGCCAGUGUUUUAUCAAUGCAGACCUACACAACAGCGCCACCAUACCCUACCAGGAAGCAGUGGCUCGGAAGCCUGCAGCCAAAUCUUCCAAGAGACCCCCCUCAGAGCCCUCGGUGUUCAGCAGCUGGAUCGCCCGACUCAAGCUGCUCACACUUUCUCUUUCCUCGCGCUUUCAGUACCCUCUUCAAGACUUUGCCGCUGAGAAGUCUCAAGGAGAUGAUGUGAUGAGCCGCAGAAGGGUCUCGGUGAAAGACCUGGGCCUGGGCGACUGUCAGGGCUGGUUGUACAAAAGGAAAGAGAGCAGAGGGCUCUUGGGCUGGAAGUGGAAGAAGUUUUGGUUUGUGCUGAAGAAAUGUUCGCUCUACUGGUACACAUCGGACAUGGCAGAGAAAGCCGAAGGCUACAUCAACCUGAAAGACUUCACCAUGGAACAGGCUACUGAAUGCAGGAAGAAGUUCGCGAUGAAAGCAUGCCGCCUCCACAUUAUGACACUCUACUUUGCAGCUGAAAACAUGAAAGACAUGAACAAAUGGCUGGCUAAACUUACCCAGGCUUCAAAUGAACCGGAGCCCACAGACUCAACGGUUGGAGAGUGCUACAGUGAGGAGAGUGAUGAUGAGGAUGAAGCAGACACCGCUGAGAUGUGUGCAGAGUUCAUGGACCAGCAUGGUUGUCUCCAGGCUCCCCGCUCUUCUUCUCCAUGUCCGCUGGAUUCGGCGGUGUGUAACCACACACAGACUCCAAGUACAGACAGGGAGUCGUGGCAAGAGAUCAGCUCGGAUGAAGACCCCAUCCACAAAAUACAGAAGUCCGAAGAGAAUGACUCAGGCCCCCCGUCUGAUGAGAUGGAGAUGCUGUAUCUUCACCUCAAGCAGGUGAGUCUGUCCCCUACCGGAGCCCUGCAGCCCACCACCAAACGUGACUUCAGGUCCUCCUUCAUCAGACGCUGCAAAAAUGAGAGCAUUAACGAGAAACUGCACCUGAUUCGAGCUUUAAACAGCACUUUAAAGGCGAAGGAGGCCGAUCUGCAGGCCAUAGAGCAGGUCUUGAGCGAACCGUCGCUGAGCGCUUGUAAAUACAGACAGUGGCGAGAUGCUAAUGUGCCCCUGCUGCAGGAGAUCGGUGAGAAACACAAGAGUGUCAUGGAGCCACCAGUCCAGGAGCCUCAGGCCCAACACUGUGUACAGCGAGACUAGCCUGUGAAGACGAGAGGACCAUUACGGAGAUCAACCAGAAUGAAACAGACGACCACAGGGCUUGUACGACACCGACAGGAACACAAACCUCAAGGGCUGGCUUCCUGGACACAAAUGAAGCUUCUCUGAAACCCCUCAAACGGAUACUAGUCUGCAAAAACACACAAUGCAGCUGAGAGAAAUGACCUCAGUUUUGACUCAUUGUAUAUCAGUUGUCUCUGAAUUUGAGCACAGAAGAGCCUAACUUGUGUGUUAACACCACAAGAAACCCAAUUUCACAAGAGACAACUCAUUUCGGAGACCUACAGUUACCGCAUUUUGCAAUUGUGCAACGUGUAACACGGUCAGUUUUGUUUACAUCGUUCAGUGUUUUGUUCUGAACAUGUUACAAACUUGUGUUUGUAGCCGUUCUGUAAAGAAGCUAGUUAAACGGUUGAGUUUUUUUUGGAGGGAACUUGCUUUUAUGAAUCAACAUUGGGAUAAGUGUGUUGUCUAGUUUGACUUUUAAAUGCAGUCUAGACAUGAUUUUCUUCAAAUGUACAUCUUGUGUUUGUUACCAAAUCACUUUAUUUCACACGUGCUAUGCACACAAAUUCUGUUCUUAAACUUGCUUGUAUUUAAUGGUUUUAGGAGUGGAGACCUGUUUACCUGUUUUUAACACAACGGUCCCUUUUAGAUGUACAUAUUUUUGCAUUUUACAACUGGAAAUGAAUGUCAUGGGUAUUGUACAUUUAUUGUAUAAAUGACUGAUUUAACUGUAUAAAUGUUUACUUGAUAUUUUUGGAGUGAUUCAUGCUGAAGGUGUGCCAAAGGAAAUAAAAAUGGCUGUUUAAUAUUUUCUUUCAA